GCAUGGUCAAAACAAAAACUAACUAUGUGUAAUUUACAUAAACAAAAUAAUUUAACAAAUGAUUAUUAUUUUUUCAAAAUAAUAACCAUGCGGAUGAAGAUGGCAACUGGCAAGGAACAUUUCCUGAACCUUGGGCUUGGGUUCAAUGAUUCAAUCCACCUCUCAUAUUUGUACUACUUGUUUGGAUUGUCCAACCAAGACAACGGAGAAGUCAGCACUUACUACUGCCUACCCCAAAAUCGGCGGCGGCUUUCCAUCGACGGCGACGAAAUAGAAAUUGCCAACAAACUAGUGGGAUUAGCGACGAGAGCAGCAAGCAAUAACGUGGUGAUCGACGUGUUCUUGGUAACCCCAUUCGCGGCAUUGUGCGCGAGAUCAGUGAACCAGCAAAACAACAUUGAAAUCCCAGAGGCCGAGGAGGAAUCUCUGAUCAAAGCCAACAAGGCCAUGAUAAAGACCAUGUGAGAUUGGAAGCAGCAGCUCUUCGCCGAAGCCGUCCCUGUUUCCUUUCUCGUCCCUCUCGCCACACUCAAGGUCAUCUAUGGCGAAGCCCCAGCUCCUCAUAUCGAAGAUGCUGUGAAGGAAGAUGCAAAAUCCCCUUCCUCUGAAAUUGUAGUCUGAGUUCUGUUGGCUAGCCUUUGAGGAUCAUAGAAUUGUUAGAUACAAGACUGUUGAUAAUUGUACACGCAAUUAGACCAAUCACAGGUGUCCGAAUUAUUGAUGAAGGGCUGAAUUUCAUGUAUUAAUAACGUUUGCCUCAGUUUCUGCUGAAAUUUAUUUAAAGACGAAGAAAUUUAGAGUGUAUUAAACUCUUAUUUUGUUA